GCACGGAAUUGAUGGCAUAGGAAGUUACAGUAACCUGGUGAAAAAACUUGGUCGUGUUCGUGUCCGUCCGGCAGAGCUCCUCCUCAACUGGCCGUAUAUGCGUUCGUGAAUGACAACGCCGUUGCGCUUCGCUUGAACAUGGAAUCCUAUGACGACGGCAUAGGUGCCAAAGCUCGCAAGAGAAUGAGAUUAGACUUAGCUGCAACGAAACGCUUCCUUACACAUGCUGGCGCCCUUCCAAAGUCCACUCUGGCCGAUGAAUUUCUCAAUGAUAACUUGCAUAAUACUUCCUCAAACUUAACUCCUAAAAAGGCAAUUCUAGACAAGACCAUACAGCUCAUGCAAGAAAUAUAUCGGGCCUACCUUGAACUCAAACAAAUUCAUAGGGCUUUAGCCCGCUGUGAACCCGGAGAAUUACAUGACACACUAACCUCGCUCGACGUGGUAGUAAGCGGUAGUUCAGAGAGUCAAACAGAUCAUACAGCUUUUGCAGGCAGCGCAGAGUCAAAUGCACUCUGUGUUGAGCCCAUCAUACAUAUUGAACGCUCCGAAGAGCUUCGAGCCCAAGCUCGAGACAAGAAUUUGUCUUUGAGUAAGCUUACCGAACAAUUAGCUUCGAUUGAUCUCUGUCCUCGGUCUCUCAAGGUUCCUUCGAGUUGUUCUUCCCUUCCUCCCCAACUUCCACCUCUUCCUCUAUUCCUGAUGCCUCCAGACCUAACGACGUUCAAGGUUGACCCACUAAUCAUCAGAGUGAAUGAGUUGAAGCAUUGGUUAAAGGCGUUCAAAGAGUCAUCGACAUUCACAUCAACUUCGAACAGUGAUAGACCUGGAGCUGUAGCACCGCUCACGGUAGAUUCUGCCUUUCUCUCUGCUACUGGACUUGCUCCUAGUUCCGGGACAUUCCAAUCUUCUUUAUCAUUAGGGCACAACUAUGGUUACUCCACUCCACCUGCACAAACCGCCAUAGCAGAAUCUCACUACGGCCUUGUGUCCUUCGAAGAUACAACCCAAAACAGAUUUCCAGAUUCACGAAUUUGGACAACCCAUGUCGCAGACAGUACGGAGGAUGAUAAAUAUAAGGUCGAAGCCAUGUAUGUCCAACUCAAAAGCAUAGAAAACCGUAUGAAAAUCAUCUCACUUAAACAAAACAUGCUCGAGAACUUGUCAACCAUAAUUGCUGCACCUGUCGUAACCCCAUUGGCUGCUCAAUCUUCUCAGGCAAAUCCUUUCGUCCUGACUCGGGAUGCAUUGGAGCUCGUCAGGCGCUUGAACGUAGAAAUUAGUCGAAGUUUUACAGGAGUUCAAAAUCAGGAGUCCGAAACAAAAGAGGAGUCCGACAACUCUCAUUCAAGGACUUUUGACUAUGAAAUCAAGAAAAUGCUAAUCGAAUCCUUGGUCAAAAACAAGUUGCACAGACUCUCCACCUUCAGGAGGCUCAAGAGCCGGGAGCAGGAAUUUUAUUAGUGUUUGAAUUCAGAAAAGAUUGCGCUCAAAACAGAUAAGAAAAUAGGUCAGGAUCUUUGAUUGGGAGUCAUGAGAAGGUGCGGAAGAUGCGAACGGAAAAGAAGGUCUAUGUAUUUGAAGUCAUGUUUUAUCGUUGUGUUCCCAUGCGGCUUGCGCCACAGAAAUUUUUGCAUUGCAGAAACAGCGGAAGCCACGGAGGGAGGUCAUUCGUUAGAAAUGUUCUAUUGCACCCAUUUACAAGUCACAAGUCG